AUGUCUGCAAAGGACGCCGACACAAACUGCAAGAAAUUCCUAAAAUGGGCUGAUGCUCAAGGAAUACGCACUGAGGGCGUGAAGCCAGUCAGAUUUCCAGAAAGAGGGCUGGGAAUUGCGGCGUCCAAGAAAAUUGAAGCUGGAGAAACCAUUGUCUCGGUCCCGACCUCAGCUCUAUUGACGCUGGAUACAGUACCAGUGUCUUUUAAAAACCGGUUCCCCGCAAAUACGCCCGUGCAGUGCCUGUUUGCGGCGUAUCUGGCUUACGAUGGGGAGGCAAGGUUCCGGUAUGCUUCAUGGAAGGCCACUUGGCCGACAAUGGAGAAUUUUGAAGAAUCUAUACCUUUACUUUGGCCCGCGUAUCUACUAGGAACACAGCAUAGUAGUGGGGCUACACCUCGUCAGAGUGGGUUGCGACACGACGCCCAUGGCUUUUCAUCUUUACUGCCCCCUUCGAUAUCCGGAUUCUGGCACACAUUGCCAAAAAAGCCUCAGGGCUCGACUGAUUACGUUGUUGAACAACAGAACCUCUUUCAAAAUCAAUCAGACAGGCUUCAAAAGGCACUGGAUAUCGUGAAACAGGUUUACCCGUCCAUGGACCAGAAGGAGUAUACGUAUUACUGGCUUGUGGCCAACACAAGAUGCUUUUUUUAUGUUGGAAAAGAUGCUGAAAUGCCAGAAGAUCGCAAUGAUGCAAUGGCAUUAUGUCCGUUUGCCGAUUAUUUCAAUCAUUCUGGCGACGAUGACGGGUGUGAAGCGGCUUUUAAUGAGAGUGGAUAUACGUUCACAACCACUAAAUCUUAUGAGGAGGGUGAAGAAAUAUUUAUUUGCUAUGGAAAUCACACUAGUGAUCUCCUUUUAGCUGACUAUGGCUUUUGUCCAUAUCAAAAUAAAUGGGACACUCUAUUCCUUGACGAUAUUGUGCUUCAAAACUUGAAUCGAGAGAAGAAACAAUAUCUGAAAGAUAACAACUAUUUGGGGAAUUACCGGGUCGCAAGCUCCGGUCCAUGCUUUCGCACUGAAGUAGCAGCGUCACUGAUGUAUUUGGCGAUUGAAGAUUGGUGUACCUAUGUUGCUGGUGUCAUGCCACCCACGUUUAACCAAAGUAAGACCGACGAUAUUAUUGCUGACUGGAUAAGUCAAUACCGAGAAGAGUCUGUUAUGGUCACCAAGAAGAUUGAAAAGAGGCUUGUAAGUAAAACCUACGAAGAUGAUAGCCGUUUCCAGGUGCUUCUUUUCAGAUGGAGACAGAUAGCAAGCCUGUGCAGUGCGGCUUUAAGGGCCCUAGAGCAGUCAUAG